ACUUGCUUUGUACUAUAUAAUAAGUAAUCAUUUUCGAAAUGGAUAAACCUUUAAGUCAAGAGGAUAUAGCAGCUAUGGAGAAUCAGCUGAAAGAAAGCGUGGAGAAGGACCGUCAUUACUGGAGGGUGAACGAUGUUAAAUGCGAUGCUAUUCAUACGGCGAAGACAUAUGAGGAGUUUGCAGAUCGUGUUGCCGCUGCUCAUUUACGCCCCCUGGACAAAAGCGAUUUUACGAAGAAGGCAAAAACGGGUUGGAAUCAAUAUGCCACAAACGACAGAGACCCAAAAGAAUAAUUAUUUCCAAU